AUGGCAACGAACCAAAUAUCGUCCAUGCUAGGAAUAAUACGAUCGCUAUUUCGGAAAAAUUCAUCUACACAACGACCCUUCCAAAUCCUCUCCGAUCUCCAUCUGGAAGUGGGCCAACAAUAUUCUACUUUCAAAAUCCCCGUCGCAGCACCGUACCUGAUCCUCGCGGGUGACAUAGGCCGCCUUAUCGACUACGAACAACUUGAACGCGAGCCGGUGCUUAACUCAAAACUGGUCCUCCUCGACAAAAAGCGAUUCGAUAUUCCCAACCCCAGAGUGACUAUCUUAGGAUGCACGUUAUGGUCGAAAAUCGCUACUGAUGCUCGAGAAAUCGUGCGCACACGCGUUAAGGACUUUCAGAACAUCGAAAGCUGGAACAUUGAUGACCACAACGCGGCCCAUGAAUCAGAUAUAUCAUGGCUGCGAAAUGAAAUCAAGAGUAUCGAAGAAGAGAACCAGCAAAUCGAACACCCGUCAUUAAAAAGACGGGUUCUAGUGGUUACGCAUCAUGCGCCUUGUUUACAGCAGACUUCCAGUCCUAGAAAUGCUGAAAAUCCAUGGAGUUCGGCCUUUGCGACGGAUUUGAUUAGAGAGGAAAGUGCUGGGGAAUGGAAGAAUGUUAAGGCUUGGGUGUUUGGUCAUACACAAUUUACUACUGAGUUUACAAAGUGCGGGAUUGUGGUUUCGAGUAAUCAGAGGGGGUAUGUGCUUCCUGGGAGAGAGGAAAAGAAAGCAAAAGGUUCAAUUGAGGAUAGGGAGGUGUUUCAUGUUAAACGUGCAAUUUCUGUCUAG